GGGCCCUGUGCUAGAACUCGUAAAUGUCUCCCAUGUCCAAGUUUAUUGAAUGAACGAGAAUCUGACGAAAUAGCGAAUUCGGUAUUAGUAAAGGAUUGCGUCCGCACAGUAGCGCGUGUCGAAACGCAUGUUAUAUUCGCACACACACUAUCAAGCAGAUAGCAGAUAUCCUUCGGUAAGGUCAAAAUGGCGGAGUUCCACAGUUGUCACGGCGAUAUUGCGGGCACCGGUUGCAUUAAUAGCGCGCGAGAACGUGACGCAAUACCGCGAAAUAAAUUGCCUAAUACGUCCGCUCGGGCAGUCUAUGACUUUACGUGGAUGGUUUACGCCGGCGUUUAUAACUUCCGAUAUAAUAGAGGAAAAAAGUAAAUGACAACAAAUUGUAGCUUUUCAUCAUUUUUUUGGUGAAAUUAAGAAAAUUUAUUCGAAUAUCAAAAUAUUAAACGAAACAUUUGUGAAAUUUUCACGAUAUUCAAGAUAAACGAAUACCAAUAGAUAUUGAUUAUUAAUUCCAACAAAUAAAAGAUUCGAUAGAAAAGCUAGCAAGGAGUGUACACUAAUAUCAGGGCAAGCGCACCGAAGUAAAUAUACGAUAGAACGAAGAAACUGACAUCGAUCCAGUACGCGUCGAUUUUGUAAAAUGUCGAGGGAAGAGGCACGAUCAUCGCGCAAGGAAAGGCAGGAAGAUAAGACGGAUCCGGGUGCUAGUAGACACGGGAACUUCAUGAAUUAUUACCAAUUCCAUCCUGCGGAAGAGCGCGUGCGACAACUUCCGCGUGGCGUGUGGCGGUCUGCCCAUCCGGACCGGAAAUACGUAGGCCUAGACGUCGGCUGUAACGCGGGGGAUUUAACAUUCGUGUUGCACGACUUUCUCGAGAAAGCUUUAUCGGCCGAUCAGUCGAAGGAGAUCCGUUUACUCGGCGUGGACCUCGAUCCGAUCUUAAUCGAGCGGGCACGGGAACGCAAUCCACGCCCGGAUCGUAUUAUUUUCGAGUGCCUCGAUUUUUUGACCGAGGAUUGUAACCGAGUCCUGAACGAGCAUCUUGCCCGAUUCGAAAAGUCACGAUUCGACGUCGUGUUCUGUUUCUCGGUUACGAUGUGGAUCCACUUGAACCAUGGGGACGAAGGGCUGGUGAAAUUUCUAGGAAAGGCUUGUUCCAUCACCGACAUGAUAGUGAUCGAGCCACAACUCUGGAAAUGUUACAGAAACGCGUCCAGAAGGCUCAGACGAUCGAAGGCAGAGGAUUUCCCGUUGUUGAAAACAUUGAAAUACACUGGAGAUCCUGUUGAGCAUAUUGAACGUAUAUUGAGGGAAUUUUGUAAUUUUCAAAGAGUCAUGGUUACGAAGAACAAUGAGUGGAAACGGAGACUAUUAAUUUAUGCGAGGACGUGAGCUAUCGCUCUUGAGAUUGAUGCGUUUCCGUACGCUAAUCGACGUCGAACGAGCGACAAGGAUAUAAAAUAUAUAUAUAUAUAUAUAUAUUUUAUAUAUAUAUAUAUAUUUUAUGCGAAUGCGGUUAAGAAUAUUAAUGUGAGUGAUGGAAUAAUUUCUGAUAGAUGAUUUGCAUAGAGAAAAGAUAGAUGACUUGCAUUAAU